AUGGAGAGAAAGAAGGAUCUAAUGGAAAGCCAAAGAGGAGCAAUAAUCUACGGCCACCAGCACAGAGAUUCUUUUCGUACCAUUGUAGCUGCAAUUGGUUGCAGCAAAUUUUCUAUGUGGAAUGUCAUAAAGGAGUUCAGUAGGUCAGACACAGAAGUGCAAAAAAAAAAAAAAAGGCCUGGCCGCCCAAAAACCCUAACCCAAUCUGACCAGGAAAACUUAAAAAAGUUAGUAACCAACGGCAACCGCCGUCUUAACCUCCUUCAAAUCACCAAUCUUCGUAACUGCCAUAGUGAAAAAAAGGUUUCCAAAAGUACCGCCCUUGCACAUCAAGACUGGACUGUUGAUAAUUUUAAGCAGGUAUUAUGGUCAGAUGAAACCACUAUUCGUCUCUUUCAAGAUUCUCCUGGCCAUGAUAAUGCAAGACCCCAUGUUGCUACGGUAGCGAAAGAAUUUUUGGAAGAGCCGGGUAGUCUUGAUGAGCUGGAUGCUCUUGUUAAAAAGGCAUGGAAUGAUAUACCACCAGAAUUAAUACGACGGUUAAUCACCAGCAUGCCCGAUCGAGUUGCCGCUUGCAUAAAAGCUAAAAAGGGACCCAUAAAAUAUUAA